GUGUAAUGUGUUAUUGUUGUUGCUGUUGCUGUUGCUGUUGCUGCUGCCGUUGUUAUAGUAAGAUGAUGAUAAUGAUAAUAAUAAUAAUUCUCAUUAUUAUCCCUUUUUUUGUUUUGUUCUCCUACCCGAACAGUUGGUCUUCCCGGUAUGGAGCCUUUUUGACCAGGAUAUUCAUCCAUUCAUGCGACUGUUGGCUUGUCUCGGGCAUGUCACAACGCGACACCCACGAGAAGAACGAGGGCCGAUCGUCGUCGUCGUCGGACUGUGCCGCGGGAUGAUCGAUCGAUGCAUCGUGGAAGAGUCCUGGUUGCCUACCUUGUUUCUUCUUUUUGCUUAUCAUCAUUACCAAGGUUAGCAAGGGGAGCCCUACCAAGAAAUCCAUUUACUUCCAUCCAUGGUGAGCAUUUAGAGAGAAAGAGGAACGUGGGGAAAUACUAAGAAGAGGAGGGGGUGGGCAAGUCGGAGAGUGGAAACGAGAAGCGAGACUGUGGUUAGUGAGUUAACAGGAUGAGUAUUAUGUCUGACAGAAAGGUGGAUUCAUGGAUCGGGGCAGGGACUAUUGUUUCCACCAGUUUGGCGCCGGUGGAUUCGGGGAUGGUGAGGGACGCUGGUGUCGCAGGUGCGUCGCCACCAGGGGGAGGAACCUCUCUUUUUUCCCUUCCCCCCAAUUUUAUCCACCCGGCGUC